AUGUCUCUGUCAAAAGGUUCCAUUGAGAAGUUGUUGCGCGAGGUCGUGGGCGAAGACGUGCAAAUAUUGCAUGAGACAAUCGAUUGGCUGAACGAGUGUGCUAGAGAGCUAUUACAGGUGAUUGGUAAAGAGGCUAAUACAAUUGCAGAAAUUGCUGCAAAGAAUGAAAACUAUCGCAUCUCACAAGAACACGUAACGAAAGCUCUCGAGAAUCUCGGGAUGCGACGAUACGUGGAUGAGAUUCAAAGGAUCCAAGGAUCAUCGGAGCUCAAAAUGCAGAAGAAAAAGGAGCGGGUAUCUCGAAAAAAAAUAGCUGCAGAAUCUGCCUCGCGUGACGAGUUGUUAGCCGAACAGAUGGCACUUUUUGAGCAAGCAUUGCUCAAGGCAAAUAGAGAAGGGUGGUAA